AUGGCCUUAUCUUGGUGGUGGUGGCUUUGGUGGGCGUUCGGGGUUUGCUCAGUACUCAUCUCUGGCGCCGGGGCACAAAGGAGAACAAACUUUAAUCCCGGUGACGAGGAAAUCAGUGCUGUCCCGGGGGAUCUCCGAGACGACCGAAAGCCCGCUCUAUAUACCGCAGAUUAUGGCGAUUGCAUGGAGGAUUCGGCUAUCAAGAUCACUAGGUUUGAUGCAGCGUACUAUUCGGACAAUAUGACGAUUAGUUUUAAUAUCAAUGGGUACACAACUCUUGUGAAUGAGAGCCUGAUGAGUUAGUUUUCCUCUUACCCUCUCUUCCUCGAUCUGAUUCCUGUGUGCUAUGCUCUGACAUGGCGAUGCAACCCACAAACAUCUAACUUUCAUUAGUUCAUCUCAGUGUUGCGGCUUGUACGUUCGGCAUAUAUAUUUUCUAGAUUUAAAGAUAAACCUUAACUCAGAUAGAACAGAGCUAUCAACUGACGAACAGUUAGAUGGGAAGAGCCGGUUUGAUUUAUUAUUCAAUCCUUGUCGGACUAAUAUCCCUUCCCUAUGCCCCGUGACCGCGAGCGUAAACAUCACGGCCACGCACGCUGUCCCAGUGUCAGAGAGCGAAGUCUCGGGAAUUCCAGGUAAGGCAUUUUUAUGACGAAAAAAAAUCAGGAAGCAGUUUCAAUAUAACUUAUCCAUUCAUAAUCUGAUAACGGCGCCUAUUAUAGCAAUCGCAUUCACAAUCCCAGACUUUGAGGGGCGUGCAGACCUACGUAUGUUCUCAAACAGCACGAAAAGCCAAACCGCCUGCGUGACCGCCCUGAUCACCAAUGGGCAUAGCUUUUCCCACCCGAAGAUCAUUUCCCCGGCAUUGGGUGUUUUGGCCGCGAGUGCGGGCCUCGCCUCGUUCAUAACCGCUAUGAGUGGCGGUGACUCUGUCGUUUCAUCGAGGAAAUUGCACGCGCAUUCUCUGUCGACGUACACUCUGCUCUCCUGUUUUCACUCUGUAUACCUCACCGGCACUCUCAGCGUAAAUUUCCCGAGCGUGCUUCUGGCCUUCUGGUCGAACUUUGCAUGGUCCGCGGGAAUUAUCAAUCUGGAUUCUAUGCAGAGAUCACUGAACCGCUUUACGGGGGGGGCAAAGCUUGUUGACGGGAGCCUCGCACCGGACAGUAGGUCCUUCGAAAUGGCAAGCGACCUCUAUCCGCUAGCGAAAAGAUAUGUUAGGUUCGGGGAACACCAAAAAGCUGGGCUCCCGAAGCCCGGUGAUUUUACCGGAUUCCCCGCUACUUUAGCCGUGAGCCAAGUAAUCGUCAGAAAUGCAUUCAUCACAUCGUUCCUGUGGUUACUGAUAUUGCUGGCAACUGUGGCUAUCUCAAUAAUCGGACUUAAACUAGCAAUUAACGUCUCGAUCAGAGCAGGAAUAUUAAAGAAAAAUCGCUUACUGAUAUUCAGAGAGAGCUGGUGGGAUUACCUAGAAUCUACGCUUUGCAAAGUGGUUUGUCCACCCCCGCCUCCCUCCCUCCAAUUUGACAUAAAUGUUGGAUUAUAUGUGAAAAAGGCCAUAUGAUAUACUGACCCGCCAAUAGUUUUUGAUCGCUGUUUUCCCGCUAGUGUCUCUGGCAACCUUCCAGUUCACAUUACAUGAGGCAGGACCAUCUGCUGUCGCCGCAUUUGUAUUCAUCCUGUUGACCGCAGGGCUAUCUGCGGCUGCUUUUGCCGCAUAUCGGGCCCGUUGGCGUAGGGGAAGGGUACGGGUUAAUCGGAUGAACCUCGUGAUAUAUCCACAAUUCAAGGCUGGUUUCAUUCCGUGGAUGGUCGUAUCGCGCCGUAGUAGCAUCGAUGGCACUAAAAGGAGAAUAAUAAUGCCCUGGUGGGAAUUGUCUAUCGAGACGGAUGGCGAGCGAGGUUCGGUUCAUGAGAACCUCAAGUUCAUUCGUCAAUUUGGGUGGCUAACCUCCCGGUUUCGGAGGCGGGUGUGGUGGGUUUUUGGGCUCUUGUUAUUUUUCGAGAUCUUAAGGGGGAUCCUCCAUGGAGGCGGUGGUGGAAACUCGAAAGCUCAGAUUUAUGGGCUACUGAUCGUCGAAUCAAUCUAUUUUAUCGUUCUGGCUUACACAAUGCCCUUCGAAAGCACUAGGUUCGUGAUGACACCCAUUCUCACGCAUCCUUUUUUUCUCCCUUCUUUCUUCUUACUCACCCCUGAAAUUGGCUCAUGCAUCUGUCCAUAUGUCCUUUGCAGAUUGAAUGUAUUCACCGCUUAUAUGCUCCCAAUCAUGAGGGUCUCCACCCUUGUGAUCCUAUGCGUGGUCUUAGACACUCCUAAGCUAAACGUAAGCACCCGUAUACACGCUUGUCCACAAUGACAUGUUUUACUGCGAGUGUCUGACCGGAGAGGGAGAGCAAUCGUACAGAGAAUCAUAGUAACAGUCCUCGGAAUUGUCAUCAUUGUGAUCCAAGGGGCCACAGUGGUCGUGGUCAUCGCCUUCGCUCUGAUAAAUCUCUACGCCACGUAUUUAAAAAUUGCUCCUCGAGGGGCCCAAAUCAGGCCAGAAAACAUGAACCCGACAAGGGAGAAGUACUUGGACCAUAUCGAGAAACGGGCAUCAGACCUCCCAACGGUGUGUAGCGCACAGCAGCAGUUGUCCACCACGGACCCUGCCCCUUCGUCCUUCAGCGUCAAUUAUAUCCGUAGGUGCCCCAAAAUUGACGACGAGUGCGACGGCCCAGCGAGAUCGGUCUUCUCACGAAACUCAUAUAUGGGAUCAGCGGCCUGGGAGCGUGGAGAAGACGAGCCUGUCUCUAGGGUUGGCAGUCCGAAUUACUCCCUUGCUAGGCUGCAGAGACCCGUGUGGCCGGUGGAUAGUCCAGGGUUCGUGAAUGCCAGUGAAGCCAUGUCGACCUCUCCCUCUCAUGCAAAUUCCGAUAUGGACCCGCAUUUCUCCCAAGACUCUGCGGCGCCCCCGAAAGACGCUUCCAGUAUACAUACUACCACCACUAGAGAAGUAUGAGUUAUCAACCAAAAUAUUACAAUAAUAUUAUGUAGCCCUUUUUUCCCUUUCCUUUUUCUUUGCUUUUUUGUGAUUGACCACAGAAACGGGUGUUGGUGGGUCUUUAUGCUGGUCUCAUAUUCCUUUUUUUCUCCCUUCCAUGUCCCUUUCUUUCAUUAUUUCGUUCACAUUUAUUCAUCCAUCUACCAGUACUUGUCUACAUGUACAAGUACUCGAGUACCGCUCCCAACCACACCUGGAACAGACAGAGAGAAGUAAAAAAAGAAAAUAAAUGGGGGAAGGUCGGGUCAACAUUCAAAUAAAUAAUACCGUCAUACAGUAUGCAGAGAUCAACACCGAUACUCGAGUAAAGCAGUGCUUGUGGACGCCCGCGAAAAUCACCUAGCGCAUGCGGCGAGGAUUCGCGGUGGCCGCAGGGAGCAAGAAUAAGCGAACGUUGAACAAAUUUCGUCAGAGGUCUGUGCCAAACCACCCUAUGUGAUUUGACAGCGGCAGAGUAUGAUACCGUAUUGUUACGAGCACUCGUAGGCGUACGGUAUGUACGAGUACGGAGCCGGUAGGGUGAGAAAGGGAGGGAGAGAGGCACGCACG